AUGUCGCCACAGACCUAUGCGAGCAAGGUGCGGGUCCAAGACAGAUACAAAGUCGUAGGUUUCAUUAGUAGCGGAACCUAUGGUCGAGUGUAUAAAGCUGUCAGUAGACAUGGGGAUACCAGAGAAUUCGCCAUCAAAAAGUUCAAACCAGACAAAGAGGGAGAAAUCAUCCAAUACACGGGAAUUUCUCAGUCCGCAUGUCGAGAGAUGGCUCUUUGUUCAGAGCUGUCCCACCCGAAUGUCAUCCAUCUCGUUGAGAUUAUGCUCGAGGAAAAAUGCAUCUUCAUGGUCUUUGAGUAUGCGGAGCACGACCUUCUCCAGAUUAUCCAUCACCACACACAGCCAAGCCGACGUGCAAUCCCGGCGCAGAUGAUUAAAAGUAUUCUUUUUCAGCUCUUGAAUGGGCUUCUCUAUUUACAUACCAACUGGGUCCUGCAUCGCGAUCUGAAGCCUGCCAACAUUAUGGUUACCGGCGAAGGCGUCGUUAAGAUUGGAGAUCUUGGUCUGGCCCGGCUCUUCUACAAGCCGCUCAAUUCACUCUAUAAUGGCGAUAAGGUCGUUGUGACUAUCUGGUAUCGUGCCCCGGAGUUGCUGCUUGGUAGUCGACACUAUACACCGGCCGUUGACUUAUGGGCUGUUGGCUGCAUUUUCGCGGAACUUUUAGCACUUAGACCAAUCUUCAAGGGCGAAGAAGCAAAAAUGGACUCAAAGAAAACGGUUCCUUUCCAGCGAAAUCAAAUGCAAAAGAUUGUCGACAUUCUCGGAGCACCUACGAAGGAAAAAUGGCCCGGCCUCGUCUCUCAGCCAGAAUAUCAUAGCAUGCAAGCGUUGGCUGCAACCAUGCAUUCUCGUGGCUCGAAACCUCCUGGCUUGGAAGGUUGGUAUAAUCAGACUAUUAAAAAUGCUGGGUACCACUCCUCAUCAUCCCCCGGGCAUGAGGGCUUUGCUCUUCUUUCGGCUCUGUUAGAGUAUGAUCCCAGCAAACGCUUAACGGCGCGCGAAGCAUUGCAACAUCCAUACUUUACUUCCGACAUGAGCAGAAUCAGCAUGAAUUGCUUUGAGGGUACAAGGAUGGAUUAUCCACACCGGAGAGUGAGUCAGGAUGACAAUGAUAUUCGCACAGCGAGCCUUCCAGGCACCAAGAGGAGCGGUCUACCAGACGACAGUCUGAUCUCGCAGCCUGCGAAGCGACUAAAGGAAGGAUGA